CAUGAAUCCUCGAUGAACUGUACUUCAAACGAAACAGUCAUCCAUGAUGCGCCCAGUGGUCCAGUACUUUCUAUCCCAGAAACAUGCCCGGUAAUGGAGUCAAACUCCAUCAUCCCCCAAACAGCAUGUGCAGACAGUAACAUAUCCAGCUCACGAGAAGAUCUCAUUGUUUUGCCAGAAAAUGUGUUCCACGCAUCAAAUAAUAACCAAGGACCUGGUACAGUUUUGUUGGACGCCGAUUAUCAUAAUGAUCCACUACUUACUAAAGAUUUAAACCCUGAUGACUUCGAAUUGGAUGGCGUUUAUCCUCAAUAUCUGAUCGAUUUUACUGGAUUCCCUGUGCAAUAUGUUUUAAAUACAAUCAAAUUAAUUGUAAUUUGGGUUUAUGAAGACCCAACAUUAUUUCGCGGGGGAGGAUAGACGCGGAAAAAAAUUUAAAAUCCGGACAUCAACUCCGGAUCUCCAAAAAAGGGAGGUGUUGGGAUAUUCAGGAAAAUAUCCCAAAAAUUAUCCUGUUAAGCCUAAUGCUAUCCUUGGACAUGAAAUGGUAUCAUCUUAUUGGUCAAUAUUUGUUUAACGUGUCAUUUUCCUACUGGCCAUUAUUGUACAAUGUUAUUUUCUAUUUUAUGGUACGUUGUGGUCUGCUUGACUGGUAUAUAAACAAAGUAUGUUUGAAAUAUAAUGAUUCAUAUCUCCGAGGCUGUGACUUGUGUUCAGGACUCAACUAACUGGGCUAGACAGGGAAGCGAGACCAAUCAGAACCAUAGGUCGUUUUACGUGUUUGCGCGUCUUUGGUCCGAUCAAUAAUUCGCUACCCUCUAAUCAGAAGCAUUUAUUUUUCCGUCAUAACACUAUCAUUAUUACGAUUAUGUAACUACACAGAGUUGAAGGGUUGGUUUCACAGAAAUGUAGCAUAUAUGAGCGUUUAAAAAUGGUAAUAUAAGGCUUGAAUAAAUAUAUAAAUGCACAUCAGGGAAUUAGCGUUUUUUCGGCUCGGAAUGAAAUGAUAAUAUUUUUUUUUAAAUGGGUAGAUAAUUCUUUUCUUUUUACUGCUUUAUUGUUAAAAGUGCAAUUAUUUAACUUUUCUCUAAAGAAUUUAUUUUGUACUGUACUACUUAUUCAACGUUAUACCUCUGUUUUCAGUCUUCACUUUUGUCUACAAAACAAUGAAAAUAAAUCACGAGCUAUUGCAUUCAUAAUGAGAUACUUUCUCUAGAAUGCAACCUAGGUCCAACCUUACCAAAUGACCAUUUCCAACCGCCUGAUAUUAAAACAAUGUAUGUAAUGUCGAGACACUUCGACCGAUGACUAUAGUGCAACUUAAUCAAUCAGAUUCGAUUGAGAAUAAAGACUAAAAAACUUGCCAUUGGUUACUACCCAGUGGUCAAUCAAAUAAGCAAUAUUUGAUGUACAUAGAUACUCUAAGAAAUUGGCAUAACCAUGACACCUUCUGCAUUUAGACUGACAGAUGUUACACCUUUUCAAUAGGAGGUAUGUAGAACAGUUUAUUAACUCGAAUCCAACAUGGUAUUAACUGACAGACAAUGUUACUGUUUAAGGCUUAGAUGUAUUGGAAGCUUUUUUAGUAUGCUUAGUUCCUAGACGAGAACCGAGUUUGAUGAAGUUGUAACAACGAGAGUGAAGUGAUCUACUAAAACUACUAAGUCACAUUUUUACUAGCCUAUUCUACUAGUAGGCAAUAAUCAGGACUGCGAUAUCGAGUCACUUAAAUUUCAGAUAGCAGUUAGACUGAAAUGAUAGAAUUUGAUAAGUAUUGAGCGACAGCCGAUAAGACAUUGGUUCCUAAUCAGUUAUCAAAGUAAUAUCUGGUCACAGAACUCUAUUUGUGUCAUUUAUAUCCUUUCCUACAUUUAUUUUACCGUUGACAAAUGACCAUGGAAACAGUUAAAUGUUAUUUUCAAAUUCAAACCAUUGGAUGUGGCUUUUACACUAAAAUCCAAAUCCUGUAUUUCAUCGCAUUUUAGAUUAUAUACAUGUGUUGCAAACUGCUUGUCAGAAUCAUCGUGACAGGGUGCACAUCAGUACAAAUAGAUUCUUCAAACCAUAGAAAUCGAAUAGUGAGUGAUGAAAACAAUUGUCAAUCAUCAAAAAGGCUUUCCACAACAAAUGUUACACAAUCAGAAGCUUUUACUAGUUGCCAACCAGAUGAAACGACUGAACUAACGAGUACAACUGCAGAUUAUUCAUAUGGAAAAAAUUCUCCAAAUCAAAGUGUAGAUGAUAAUCAGUCUGUUGGUGCAAGCUUUGUUAUCGAAGCUCUGCUUACUACACAAUAUCCUGAAUCAGUUGUGAAUGAAACGGAAUAUUGGAAAAAAAAAUUCAACAAUGAUCCUGAAGCCUGGGAUGAUUUUGACAAAACUUCAUUCAAUGCAUUGGUCCUGGUAAAACUGAUAGAUGAUUGGUUGACACAUUUAAAGCCAGUCGUUUGUUUAAUGAGUUUAUUUGCCAAAUUAAUAACUUAUCUUCAACCUUUAUCUGAACAAAUGGAACAUUUACUAAUAGAACGUGUUUUAAAUUGGUUAUGUCAAAAACAAUCAAAAUCUUUAAACAUUACAACGAAUACGAAGAAAUUCAAUGAACAAUUUAGAUGUUAUCAUACAAGAUUUGGUGAUUUAUUUCAAUUAGCUUUUAGAAUAAUGCAUUUUUUAAUUGAAUUUGUAAAAUCAAAAUGUACAUUAGUUGAAAGUGUUAAUCUGCUGUCUAAUUCUUUGCCUAUCAGUCAAUAGAAAUAAUAAUUAUAAUGAAAAAGAAAACAAAAACAAACAUAUUUUGUAACAAAACAGAUGAAAGUAAUAAUUAUUUUAUUAGUAUUGAUAAUUGAUUUACAAUGAAAUGUUUUUUAAUAGAAGAAAAAACUAGAUUACUUCAUAGAAUUUCUUUUUGAUUGUGGUUAUUAAUGUAAACUAUUGGAUGUCAACUCUGUUAUUUGAAAGUGAAACGCUUAAUUGAAAUUUUGAAUUUUCUCAACACUGGAGUCGUGUAUAUGAACUGCUGAGCAGUCCAAUGUGCCGACAAAAUAACCCUGUAAUGACCAUUGGUUUUCAAUGGUUAUCUAUCCAAAACAGAUUCGUUAUGUGAAAAUACAAAAUUAUAUAUGUUGGAUCAUUCGAUUUUUUAUUCGAAGUAAACAUAUUUUGAGUAAGAUAAAUUUCAUAAAUUCUGGUAAUGUUUCCACCCUGAAUAAUUGUGACCAAUGGCUUCAUUCAAUGCUGUAUUAUUGAAAAAAGCAUAUCCAUCUCUCAAAACCGAUAAUAUAUGCUGAUUUUUUUAUUAUUACAAAG